AUGUUGGUCAACAUGGAUAAACUUCUCGGUAAUAUGAAGUCAAAGCCGAUUGCAGGUCCAAAGCUAUUAUCAUUGGAUAAUACACAUACGUGCAAAGUCAAUCUUGAUUCAUUAAUUAUUGAUGGACAAACAGUACAAUCUGAACCGGUUCACACAUCCCAAAGUGGAUACAAUUUAGCACUUAGUUUUGGAAUAUGUGUUGAUGAACAGAAUGAAAAGAGUUAUCUGUCGAUAUCAUUCAUAAUUCUACCGGGAGAAUUCGACGCUAUUUUACCAUGGCCUUUUCGAUUUCCAAUAACAAUCAGUAUACUUGACUUGAAAGGAUCAAAAAAAAAUAUCAGUCAUUCAAUUCCAUGGGACUCUCGAAAAGUGAUCUUUAAUAGACCUGCAAGCAAUGCAAAUGUUUCGUUUCAAAUAACACAAUUUUGUCUUGUUGACAUACUUCGCGCCAAUACCAAUACUUAUGUACAAGAUGGUUUCAUCUUUGUACAAUUACACAUCAAUUUUAUGGAAUCAUGUGCGCAGCCAACUCCAAAUAAAGAAUGUAUUGAUGAUCAACGACCUUCAUUCGAUAAUAAAUAUGAAAAGAAAAAAUUAAAUUACGAAGCUGAUGAUUGGCAUCCAUUACGUAACGAUGUCAUAUUAGAUGUUUAUAAUUGUGAUUUAACAAUGAUUGUUAAACAUGGUUGUCUUCGUGGUGAACCAAUGAUUGAGAAUGGAUUAUGUUCGCUAUGGUCAGGAAUACGAGCAACUUAUGGAAUCAAUCAUGGACGUGUAGCUUUUCAAAUAAAAAUUCUUCGUUAUCUGCAUUCUUCUGAUUUAUUGUAUAACGAAAUUCCAUUUGGGAUUCGAGUUGGUUGGUCAACCAAUGAGAGUAAAUUAUCUCUCGGUGAUGAAUUACUAUCUUUUGGAUAUGAAGGAACAGGAAAAAUUUGGACAGGAAAUCAAUUUGAAUGGUAUGGCGAACAAUAUACAGUUGGUGAUAUAAUAACAUGUUAUGCAGAUUUUGAAAGUGAACGUGGCAAUGUUUUAUUAUCUUUUGCUAAAAAUGAUUUGAAUUUUGAAUUAGCAUAUCGUAUUAAUUCUGAAGAUUUUCAUUCACGUCCACUUUUUCCACAUAUAUUCAUUAAAAAUAUUUCAUAUCAAGUUAACUUUGGUCAAUUAAAUACAAAAUAUUCUCUUCGACCAGGUUUUUGUUUUAUAAAUGAUUAUGAAGAAGAUGAUCGAAUUCGAGGUACAUUAGGUCCAUCGAGUAAAGAAGAAUGCGAAGUUAUUAUGAUGGUAGGUUUACCAGGAGCUGGAAAAUCAUUUUGGGUUGAAAGACAUUGUGCAAUUAAUACAGAUAAAAAAUAUAUUCUACUCAGUACAAAUAAUAUCAUUCAGCAAAUGAAAAUUGAUAAUUGUGACGGUUCUCAUGAAAUGAUUGAUCGAGCAAUACAAUGUCUUCGAAUAAUGUUUGAUAUAGCUGCAUGUCGAAAACGAAAUUUUAUUAUUGAUCAAGUUUGA